GGGAAGCUAGCUGAAACCGGUGCUGGUGCGCUCGAAAAAGCUGUUAAAAAAUCAGUCGGCGUAUAUUACUUGUGCAGUGGAGUUCGAAUGACCCAAGUUUAUAACAACCGGUAACUUGUUGUGAAUAAAUAACAGUGUUCUGUUACUAUUGGCAGUACCAACUGAGUCGAUUGACUGUUACACGUUUGUUUAAUUUCUAACUGUUCAGAGGUACUGCGAAGAAGGAUAGAUACAAAAAGCUGUAAGCAGGAGCCGGAAAUCAACCUACUGGAUCUCAUAGUGUAAUGGCAUCAGCAUCUUCGCGAAGAUGGACGGAUUUGUUGACAUGUCGUCAAGUACUGAAUAUAAUGGUCAUAUUGGGUUUCAUGUUCAAUUACAUGCUUCGAGUCAACCUCACGAUUGCCAUAGUAGACAUGGUGGUAGACAACGGCAACUCCACAUCAGCAAACGUCACAAAUUCCACAUCCACAGGACACCCUCGCUUCGCCUGGGAUACUCAAAUAAAAAACGACAUUCUAGGUAGCUUUUUCUGGGGUUACAUCCUCACAGAACUCCCAGGGGGUCGAAUGGCCGAAAUCGUAGGAGCCAGAAAAAUAUUUGGCGGUGGAAUGUUAGCUGCAAGUGUACUUACUAUCCUGACCCCAGCUUCUUGCCACAUACACCACUAUGCAGUGAUAGGUCUCCGAGCCGUUUUAGGGUUCUUUUUGGGGGCAACAUGGCCCGCUAUCCUUCCCAUGGCAGCUAAAUGGAUCCCUCCCAUGGAGAGGUCUAAAUUCAUUGCCAAUAUGAUGGCCAGUAGCUUGGGGGCGGCCAUAACUCUACCGGUUUGUGGAUUUUUAAUAAGCUCCCUGGGUUGGCCCAGCGUGUUCUAUUUUACGGGAGCAAUCGGUCUGAUUUGGUCCAUUCUUUGGUUCGUGCUAGUGUUUGACUCACCAGCUGAACAUCCCAGGAUAACAGAGGAAGAACGAACGGAAAUAGAGACAAAAAUUGCAGAUGGGGAAGGGGGCAAAGGCGUUAAGCCGUCUACGGUGCCCUGGGUAAGGAUUUUUACUAGUCUGCCUGUGUGGGCCAUCGUUAUAACACAUGGAUGUUCCGUUUUUGGAUAUUUCACCGUUGUAAAUCAGCUUCCUACAUAUAUGAAGGAUGUACUGCAUUUUAACAUAAAAAAUAAUGGGUUGUUGUCUAGUCUACCAUAUUUAGGAAAAUACUUAAUGGCUAUAAUAGCCAGUUGGCUUGCCGAUAAGCUGAGGAGAUCUGGAAAAUUAUCCACUACCGUCACAAGGAAAGUCUUCACAACCUUCGCUUUACUAGUCCCCGCCGUACUGAUGAUCAUCCAAGCCAUCUGGGGAGAAAACUCGGCCCUUUCCGUCACAGUAUUCACGGCAUCGUUAUUCUUCAACGGUGCCGUCACUGCUGGAUACCUCUCGAACGGUUUAGACAUAGCUCCCAACUUUUCAGGAACUAUCUUCGGCAUGGCCAACACUCUGUCUUCCUUAGGAGGGUGGGUGUCCACUCAGAUUGUAGCGGUUCUGACAAAGGAAAGCAGCACAUUCGACACGUGGAAAUUUGUGUUCUGGAUCCUCGUGUUUACUUACGCCUUUGGAUGUCUGUUCUACUUAAUUUUCGGUACAGGAAAAUUGCAGACGUUCAAUUCCGUGGAGGCCCAUCCUAAGGACGACAAAGAACUGCAGCCUUUAAAGAGCAAAGCCGAGUUGGACAAGGAAAAGGAGAUCUUAGCGUAAUAUUUUUUUUUGAGAUGUUGCGCAGUUCAACAAGGGGUCCAAGGAGAUCUCUGCAGAAAGCUUAUAUUUCCAUUUUGUAUAUAUCUAAUUUAUAUAUAUUUGUUAUAGUAUUAUUUUUUUAAAUAAAAUCUGACCCAAU